UGAAUAUUAUAUGAGAGAAGGAAAUUAUGAACUGAGUUGAAUUGAACUAAUUGGAGCUGAAAUGAACCGAACUGAAAUUAAGCUGAAGUGGACAUACCUUGAAUUGAGAAGGAAUUUCCUUGAAAAAAAACACAAGUUUAUCUCAAUUGAACUGAAUAUUUUAUGAGAGAAGGAAAUUAGAAACUGAACUUAAAAAAAAAAAAUCAAGCGAAUAAGCCCUUAUUUAUAGAAAUAUAUAUGAUGCCAACUACGAGUAAGAUUUUAUGUUGAUUUAUUUACGAAAAUAACACUGCAUAAAUUGAGGCUUCCUCAAAUUUCCUCGAUUGCAAAUUGGAGAGAAGGUGACAGUUGCAGAGUACAGUAAUGGAGGGAAGGCGAUUCAGACGGCAGUCAAGAGUUCGAGCUCACACCCUUUUACCCCUGCGUUCUACUCGUCUUUCCAACACCAUUUCUUGCUGGUAUUGUGACCUUAAAAUUUCUCGUUUCAAUGAACCCAUUUACCAAUUUGGGCAGAAAUACGCCAGAUAUUUGAGAGUUUGGUUUUCUGUGGGAGUUGGUUUCAGUUUAAGUGUGCUUUUUGGAGUCACCAUGAUUCUUAUUUGGGAAUCAGUGGCUACUUUAUGUCUAUCUGAUGGAAGAGAUAAAAUAAGUGAUCUUUUCAGCUCCUUACUGUUUGGUGCUAACCCCUCUGUUUUUGGCUUUUAUAUGUCAUUGACUGAUGUUUUAUACUUGGUAGUCUCCACUGUGGUAUCUAUAGCAGUGCAUGAAUUUGGACAUGCCACUGCUGCUGCAAGUGAAGGAAUACAGUUGGAGUACAUUGCCAUAUUUCUAGCUGUUCUGUUUCCAGGGGCAUUGGUUGCACUUAAUCACGAAUUAUUGCAAAUUAAACCACACUCUGCUGCCCUUCGUAUAUAUUGUGCUGGUAUUUGGCACAAUGCUGUGUUUUGUGCAGCUUGUGGUUUGGCGCUGUUGCUGUUGCCUCUAAUGCUUUCUCCUUUCUACAUACAUGGGGAGGGCCCUGUGGUACUGGGUAUCUCUGGAAGCUCACCUGUGUCUGGUUAUCUGUCUCCUGGUGAUGUCAUUGUGUCAUUGGAUGGAACUAAAAUUAGCAAUGCACGAGAAUGGCUAGAAAUGGCAAAUUUUCUGGAAAAGCAGACAUUGGUUAGCUCUGAAUCCCAGGUUAUGAAAGGAUCUCUGACUGUUAAUAGGAAAACUUACUGUGUCCCUAGUUCUUUGGUGGAGAAAAGUGUAACUGUGCUCUUGAUGAGUAACCAGACUGCUUGUCCCGAUGAGCACUUUGCUUUUGUAUCUGUUCCCUGUUUCGAAUCAAGUGCUCAUUCUUCCAACAAAGAGGCAUAUGAUAUUCAGAGAAUUAAUAAUAAUGGAUACUGCCUCAAUUCUGCUGAUAUUGUCAAGCUUAAAAGUUGCAAAAGCUUGUGGACAACUGAUAUUAGAAGUAGCUGCAUAUGCUCAGAGAAUGAGCUUUGCAUGUCACCAGUUCAAAUGCCUGGUGUUGUGUGGGUUGAGAUUAUGUAUAGAAGUCCUUACUCUCUUCAAUGCAUGAAACUAGAAAAAAACCUGACUGUUGUGGAGAGUUCUGAUUCUGGGGAUGACUGUCACAAGUCAUUUCUAUUUGUUGGUGAUGUGAUUUCUAUGGCACGUUCAGUGAGUAUGACAUCAUUCCAACCACGUGUUGCUUCUCCGUUUGGCGCAUAUCUAGCAGAUAUGCUAGAGAAGAUUUUGGCGUGCACCUUCCAAGUGUCGGUUGCUUUGGCCCUCCUCAACAGCCUUCCGGUCUACGGUCUCGAUGGUGAAUCAAUCUUGGAGGCAAGCUCUUUUUAUGUUACUGUUUUGAGUCCUGGGAGGAGGAAACUCUUGCUUCAAGCUUCCCUAUUUGGGGGCUCCAUCAUUUCUUGCCUUGUAUUUAUUAGAAUAUUUCUCAUUAAAUUCUGCUGAAUUAAUCAUCCAGUGCUGUCCAUCUGCUUUGACGUGGAACUUAUUGACUCGGGCAAAUAAUCUGACAGCCUGUCUGACAUCUUUAUCAUAGUAGGAUGAGAUAUAGUUGUGAACUUGUGACCAAAUAAAACUCCAUCUGGUCUCAACAGCUUGUAAGCCUUAUUGAUAUCGAACCAGCUGAGUGGAAUUCAUGCCUUGCAUUAACCUCGAUUAAGUCACCAUAGAUGCCCCAUUCACAGAGCUUCUCUGAAGCGGAAAUUUUUGAAUGUUGUGUAGGUCCUGGCCUGUUCGGAAAUUCAUCUAGGCAGAUGAUCUGUGUCUCUAAGCCUAGCUGACUUGUCAGAUUGGCCAUGUAGGUUGCAGAUACAUCGAAGGAAGCACUUAACUUAAUUAUGCUCUUUGGUUGAACUCUCUGGAUUUAACUCGUGUAAUUCACCUCAUAUAAGCCCCACCCUUUGGCUCUCUUUGACAGGAGGGAUGAGGUGAUUCUUGGUGGGAUUGGUAGUCUUUUUUAUUAAAGGGUUGAAGGCGGUUAUGAUGAAGUCAUCAUUGGAUGUGCCAUUGUAUACUUGAUCAAUAAUUGUCGGGCAAACGAAUUCAGAAGGCACUGGUUCAGCACAGUGAGCUGUGAGCUAACUGUACAGAGGGUAAGAUGUAGUAAGAAUGAUUUUUUGACAGUGUAAAGAUGUUUUGGAGAUCAUGAAAGUUGUGAUAUCUUUGAUUUUGAAAGAUGAGCCGACCAAGUGGCCUGAGUUGUAAGAAACAGUGAGGAGAAUGAUGUGAGAUAGUGUUGCAAGGGCAGCAGAUAGCUUUGCUUUGGUGUUUAACCUGCUGAGAAGAUUGAUCUCCAGCUGCUGAUUUUUCAUGUUUGCCUUCAGCUACAAUUUGGAUUUGGAUAGCUCAAAGUUGGUUGAAAGACAUCGUAAUUUAAUGGUUAUGGUGAUAUGUCUAUAGUGUGUAGGCUUCUAUUAUAGUAACACGAAGGCUUGGACGACAAUAGUUCGGGUUUUUGUUAAUGCAAGUUGGACAUUUGUGAUCUACAUGCACCAACUCAAGGGGAGGUAUUAGAAGUCAAUUGGUUAUGUUAAUAUCUUGUAAUUAUCAUAGGUAAAUAUAUCUUUUAGAAGUUUUGGACAAGUUACGUUAAUAUUGAUUGUACUCGAUAUAUUUUUGUGAUGAUCAAUACAAAGCAAGUCGAUUGUUUUCUCUAAUAAUAAUAUUUAUAGAAAAAAUAUUUUAACAACAAGUCGAUUGCUACAUAAAUGAGCCUUUCGUUGAGAGUCUAUAAUAAAUAAAAUAUA